AUGGUCGGUCCGCAUCAGCCGCCACCGCCGGCAGCUGCCCCCCUCCCGGCGGCCUACCCGUAUGGCGCCUACUACCCGCCGGCGGCCGGCACCCCGGGCGCCUGGUGGACGCCGCCCGGCGCCGGGGUGAUGGAUCCCGCGGCCAUGGCGGCGGCGACCACCCGCCCCCCGCCCGCCCCGAUGGCCCUGUCGGCCACCUCGCAGUAUGGGAUACCGCCGGGGGGCCCGGCGUCGACGCCGGCCCCGGCGCCGGGCUUGGAGCCACUGCCGCCGGUGAGCAGCGCGCCGCGGCCCGGGCCCGGGCCCGGGCCGAUGGCCGCGACACCCCCCGGCUCCGGGUAUGCCCCGGUGUCGUCGGGGUCGGCCACGACACGGUCCAACUCGCCGGACCCGAGUGCCGCGGCGGCGGCGGCGGCCGCCGCCGCCACGGCCACCACGGCCGCCCCCCUGCCGGACUUCCCCCUGGGCAAGUCCCUGAGCCAGAACAACAAUGAGCUGAUCCAGUGCAUCGUCCACCUCCGGCAGAAGCGGGACAUCCUGCAUGCCCAAAUCCUCGAGGAGGAUGCCCUCCGGAUGCAGAUCGACCAGGAGCUGCGCAAUGUGGCCGCCCGGCUGGAGGCCCUGACGUCGAGCCUGGAGAAGAAACGCGCGCGCCAGGGCGCCCUGGACCAGGCCAUCGCCGAGGCCGAGGAUGCCUACAGCAAGCUUGUGCAAAGCAGCCAAGUCCUGUUGAACUAUGUGAAGCGCGAGUCGCAGGGGGGCCCUUCGGCCGGCGAUUCCGGGUAGCCUCCCAGGUGCGCGGUCGUCCGGCUCUCGCUCCCCCUUGGGUGCCUCCCUCUGGGGGCCCGCGCGGGACCACACCCGGUGGCCGGGCCGAAGAAUACACCACCCCCACACGGCUGCACAUGCCCUGACGCGGCCUCAUGCGCAUAAAAACUCAACCAAGGACA